AUGUCACAUCCUGUAACUCAAGAGGCCAUAUUUAUCGGGGCUAACAGACAAAAUUAUGUAUCAGAUUUCAACCCACAACAUAAAACCGUUGCGUUUGGUGCAGGUACUACUGUUGCUCUUUGGAAACCAUUAGACAAAGCACAUCAUGGUGUCUUCUACACUUUAAAGAAGCACACCAAAGAAGUAACAGGAGUAAAAUUUUUACCGCAAAGUGACUUUUUAGUCUCAGUUGGAGAAGAUCAUAUUGUCAAUGUAUGGAAACAAAGUGGCGAUAUCUACGAGAAUUGUCAAUCGCUUUGUGAACACGAACAUUCCGUGACGUGUAUUGCAGAGAUAAAUGAGCGAAUUUUUGUGACAGGUGGGGCCGACCACAAGAUAAUCAUAUGGUUAUAUGAUGGUGAGGGGUUCAAAGCAGGAUACAAGUUUGAGGUCAAGCCCAAUUUUUACCCAUUGUCAUUGGCAAUUCAAGAAAUUGAUGAUGCAGGUAAUUAUGUACUUGCUAUUGGAGGAACAACAAACAACAUUUACAUUUACACCUUUCAAUUUUCCCAAGGCUCUGUUGCUAAUUUCAACAAGGGGGCUGAAUUGACUGGCCAUGAGGAUUGGGUGAAAGCUCUCCAAUUUGUCACUAAGUCUAACCAGCAGGACUAUAUCCUAGCCAGUGGAUCUCAGGAUAGAUACGUAAGACUAUGGAGACUAAAAUUGAAUGAAUUUAUUGAUGAUACUGACGAAGACCCUACGAAAUUGACAUUGUUGUCCAACAAACAAUAUAAGUUCAACUUUGGUGGUGACAAAAGAGCAGCAUUUAGUUUUGAAGCAUUGAUUAUGGGUCACGAUGACUGGAUCAGCGGUAUACAGUGGCACCCUCUGUGCAAAUUUACAUCAGAAAAUGCUGACUCCAAAUUGCAAUUGCUAACAUCGACUGCGGAUACAGCAUUGAUGAUCUGGGAGAUGGAUACAGAGUCGGGGAUAUGGGUAUGCACAAGUAGGUUGGGAGAAAUGUCGAUCAAAGGUGCGUCAACUGCCACUGGAGCUUCUGGUGGUUUCUGGUCCUGUUUGUGGUUCAUCGACGAUAGCACAGACGAGGAGUACGUUCUUGCGACAGGUAAAACGGGUGCAAUUAGAGCCUACAAGUCAGCUUCAAAUAACACAAAAUAUUUCGAAGAAACUAUUGGUGUUACUGGUGCUGUUGGCACUAUCACUGAUUUGAGAUGGUCUAUUGGAGGUGAGUACUUCAUGGCGACGUCACUUGACCAAACCACGAGACUAUACGCCCCGUGGAAGAGGGAUCGAAUAGCCACCUGGCAUGAACUAGCUAGACCGCAAAUUCAUGGCUAUGAUAUGAUAUGUUGCGAUAACAUAACCAAAACCAAGUUUGUUUCUGGGGGAGAUGAAAAGAUUUUGCGUGUGUUUGAGCUCACAGAGUCAAUUAGCCAAUACUUGAAGGCACUCGGAGGAAUUGAAAUUAAUGACGACAAUGAAAAGCUUCCUGAAUUUGCUACAUUGCCAGUCUUGGGUCUUUCAAACAAGGCUGACGCACAAGUACAGGAGGAAACAAAGAAUGAUGACGUUGAUGAUGUUGAAGGGGAGGAGCUUGAGCAGAAGGAUGACAAGCAAAUAACUGUGCCACCUACAGAGUCCUACUUGCAAAGAAACAGUCUUGCUACUGAAAUUGAGAAACUAUAUGGUCAUGGUUAUGAGGUGACAUGUUGUUCAACUUCUCCUAAUGGAAAUCUCAUUGCUACGUCAUGUAAAUCGAACAAUGCUAAACAUGCCGUGAUACGAGUGUUUAUCGUGGGUAAUGACUAUCAACAAUCGAAGCAAGUUCUUGCAGGUCAUAAUUUAACCAUUUCAAGUCUUAAGUUUUCCCCCGAUGGUAGGUACUUGUUAGCUGUUUCCAGGGAUAGACAAUUCAGUUUGUGGCAGCUUGUUGAUGAGGCAAAUGCUGAGUUUAAACUAGUUGAGCUUAACACUAAGCCACAUUCAAGGAUUAUCUGGGACUGUUCUUGGUUACCUAAUGCACAUUCAUUUGUCACGGUAUCCCGGGAUAAACAAAUGAAGUUAUGGAAAAUAAUGGAGGGUAAUGUGACACUUUUAAAUAGCUUGAAAAUGAGUGAACCAAUUACAUCAGUGUCUAUAUUCAAGGGCAGCUUAUCAGCCAAGUUGAAUGUGAUUGCUUUGGGUCUUGAAAGUGGUCAAGUUGCCAUUUAUUCUACAGAAAGUGGUGAAUUUAAACAGAUUGUGUCGUUUGAUGACUCAAUAACACCGGCUGACAGAAUAGAAAAGUUGAGUUUCAGUAGUAAAAUAACAGACCAAAGGUUGCUCUUGGGUGUUGGUAGCAGAGACACUUCAGUGAGAGUAUAUUCUAUAGAAGAAACUUUAUUUAGAUAA